UCAUCCAGAGAUCACAGGCAAGGAAGGGAUACUCUGUGCUUGUUUGACAGCCAGCAAGACCUGCAAGCUUGGAUUAGCAGACUUGGGAGAGAGAUGGCUCGGGCACCCCAGACAGGAGCAACAAGGCGUUUUAGCGGAGCACAAUGGCACCUUCAGAAAAUUGUGAAUGACUCAGUCGACAGCUCAGAUGAUGAGUUCUUUGAUGCCCGAGAGGAAGUCGUGGAAGGAAAAAGUGCCAUCCUGAUUGGAAUGAGUCAGUGGAAUUCCAAUGAUUUAGUUGAACAGAUUGAGACCAUCGGGAAAUUGGAGGACAGCGCAGGCGAUCUUUACAGAGUUCAAGGGAGGAAGCAUCGAUGUCCUCGGCAAAGCAGUUUCGAAAUUCACGAGGACAGUGAGGAUGGAUCUCAGCAGAGUGACUGUAAGACACAUGUACUCGCUCUUGUCCUGCAUGGUGGCAGCAUACUAGACACAGGAGGAGGGGACCCCAACAGCAAGAUGGCUGAUGUAAACACCUUCAGCUCUGUGUUUGAAAAGGUGACACGAGCACAUUUUCCAGCUGCUCUCGGCCACAUAGAGAUCAGACUUGUCCCGUGUCCUGCAAUAUGCUCUGAAGCUUUCUCUUUGGUUUACAAUCUUAAUCCCUAUAGCUAUGACGAGAACUGCUUGAGCAUUAGUGAAGAUCACAUCCCCUUAGCUGCCUUACCACUGCUGGCUAUAUCGUCUCCUCUGUACCAAGAUGCAGUUGCUAUGGUGAUCAACAGAGCAAACCAAGUUUACAAUGAAUUCCUGAAGUCUACAGAUGGAGCCAGUUUUAACGGACAGGUGUGUUUAAUCGGAGACUGCGUUGGAGGAAUUUUGGGGUUUGAUGCACUUUGUCACAGUGCCAAGACACCGGGAGAGAGUCAGAACACCAGCAGGAGAGGAAGCGACAGUAGCAUACAGGAUAAUCCCAUUUUGUGUGAGGACACCAGCACAGGUCUACGAGGUACUAAGAGGCUCAGCAAGAGCAAUAUUGACAUCUCUGGAGUCUUGGACAAUGGGGAACCAAGGCAACCCUUACAUCGAAAACAGAGUGACUCAUCUACUUAUGACUGUGAUACGAUUUCCCAGCACCAUGCAUUUUUAUCAAGCAUCCAUUCAAGUGUUCUAAAGGAUGAAAUGGAUUUUCCACGAACUGUCAGCGCCAACCUUUGUGAAGUUCACAUGGGGCGGUUUGAUUUUGAGGUGUCAGAUUUUUUCCUGUUCGGGUCGCCAUUGGGGUUAGUUUUAGCUAUGAGGAGGACUGUGCUUCCUGGACUGGAUGUGUGCCGGGCACGUCCUGCUUGUGGUCAAGUGUACAGCUUUUUCCAUUCUGCUGAUCCAUCUGCUUGUAGACUGGAGCCUCUCUUGGAGAAAUCUUUCCAUGUGCUUCCCCCAUUUAAUGUCCCCAGAUAUCAGAAGGAUCCACUGGGAGAUGGAAAGUCCUAUCUUUUAGUGGAUGCCAUUCAAGCCUGUAGUGCAGCAUUUGUAGAAAACACGUUACCCAGCAACUUAGAUGCUAUGGACACACCAGCACCACCUAAUAACUCAACUCCAACACAAGCAAAAGCGAGAAGAUCAAGUCUUGUGAGCAUGAACAGUGAGAUGUCUGGGUCCUCAGAAAGUCUUCCCUCAGCAAAAAUUGCAAACAUUACAGCAAAUUGGUGGGGAACAAAACGCCUGGAUUACGCCUUAUAUUGUCCUGAUGUCCUUACUGCAUUCCCAACUGUUGCAUUGCCACAUCUUUUCCAUGCCAGCUACUGGGAGUCAACGGAUGUGGCAGCUUUCAUUCUACGACAGCUUAUGAGAUAUGAAAGUGUACAAAUCAAACAAAAGGAAGGUAUUGACACAGUGAACAUGAGUCCCUCAGGUCGACAGGAAAAAUGGCUUCGUAAGAGGAACCAUGUGAAGCUACGGAACGUAACAGCCAAUCACAGAGCUAAUGAUAUCAUUGCUGUGGAAGGGGGGCCCCAGGUAUUGGUCGGUCGCUUCAUGUAUGGACCAUUAGACAUGGUAGCGCUAACUGGAGAGAAGGUAGACAUUCUAAUCAUGACUGAGCCAUCCAGUGGCCGCUGGGUGUACUUUGAAACAGAAAUAUCCAACAGCAGUGGACGAGUUUCUUACAGUGUUCCUGGAGACAAGAGACUGGGUGUUGGCGUUUAUCCCAUCAAGAUGGUUGUGAGGGGGGACCAAAGCAGUGCACAAAGUUAUCUGACAGUGCUUCCCAAAGGGAUGGAGUGUGUGGUUUUCAGCAUAGAUGGCUCAUUUGCAGCAAGUGUUUCCAUUAUGGGCAGCGAUCCCAAAGUCAGGGCUGGAGCAGUGGAUGUGGUCAGGCAUUGGCAAGAUUUGGGCUACCUAAUAAUUUAUAUCACUGGUCGCCCAGAUAUGCAGAAACAACGAGUAGUCUCUUGGUUAUCUCAGCACAACUUUCCCCAGGGCAUGAUCUUCUUCUCUGAUGGCCUUGUACAUGACCCACUGCGACAAAAGACAAUUUUCCUCCGCAACCUAAUGCAAGAGUGUCACAUUAAGAUCAGUGCAGCUUACGGCUCUAUGAAGGAUAUCUCUGUCUACAAUGUGCUUGGUUUGUCACCAUCUCAAAUCUAUAUUGUUGGGCGUCCAGCAAAGAAAUAUCAAAACCAAUGUCAGUUCGUAAGUGAUGGGUAUGCUGCUCACUUAGCUUCAUUAGAAUUUAGCCACCAUUCCCGCCCUAAGAAGAACAAUUCUCGAAUGAUUCUUAGAAAGGGCAGCUUUGGCCUGCACACUCAGCCUGAAUUCCUGCGCAAAAGAAACCACCUACGUAGGACUAUGUCCGUUCAGCAGCCAGAGCCACCAUCCACCAACCCCAAACCAGAACGAGCACAGAGUCAGCCAGAGUCUGACAAAGAUCACGAUCGUCACUUAAAUCCCCUCUCUUGGGUGAGAAAUGCAGGGCUCAAAUUUGAGCCCUCACCAUAAGAAAAGCAACAGUUCCUGCUUUAAUGUGCACAUUAAAAAUGGGCAAUGGCAAUUUGGAGAGAGUGGGCAGCAUGUAAACAGCAAUAUGAAGGAUCUAUCGUAGCUUUCCAGGAGAUCUUUUUCACAACUGUUUGAUCAGAGGGCAAACAACUAAGAUGUAUCAAUAUAAUAUUUUUGUGGAAGUGCUGCAAAAUGGCUGGAAUUGAAAAAAAAAACAAAAAAAAAAACACACACAUUGGGGAUUGUCAAAGAAACCCAUUUGCUCUAAAACUCCUCACACCAAAACCACACUACCUACUAAAUUUAACUCUAGUCACAGAACAUGAUGUCAAAGAUAGGGAAUUAAAUCAACUAGUCAAGACUAGUCACCUAAGUGUCCAAGUUUCUCCAUGAGUUGACUACUCACUACUAAAGGCACGUUCUGAAAACAAAAAAGGCGCAUUUUUAUUUAGAAUUUGCUAUCUAUUUAUGUGGGUUUGUUACCCAACAAAUCCCAUAAACACUGAGGAUAAGUUAGCUAUCUGGACAUUUUGAUAAAUACGGUGUGCUCUGGAAUGGCAGAAGUGCCACACAACCUCCGAUGUAUAGAUGGCAUAUUUAGAAUAUAGUAUACUGGAGUACAGAGCAAAUUGGCAAGCACGAUUAAGAAGAGGGGCAAGCCAGAAUGGCUGCUUAUCCAAUAUAUUAGCACCAAAAAGCUUGAUAAUAAAUUGAGUUGGGAAAUACCACAGAAAAGGCAGCUUACAGAAAUAGAAAAUUCCUGAGAGCCUUGAUGUGACUGUGAAAAUAGGACAUUUUCUGCAGAACACAAGAAACACUUUAUGUUGUUAAUAUAAUUUCCUCAGCAGCACUUUGCACAUGAAAUGCAAGGUUCCAAAUAAAAAAAGAAAAGAAAAAUAGGACAGAUUUGUCUAUGAUGGCCUUCCAACACCGUAAUCUCAACCCAUAUCUUGACAUGAUAGUGGAAUCGGUGGAUAU